AUGGAGAUACAAGAAGAUGAAACGAUCAUGGAAAUCAACACAAAAUCGGUCAUCUCCGUCGAUUCGAUUUUAAAAUCAGAUGCUCUGCGAAACUUCAUGGGUGGUUUGAAAAUGGAUCUAAAUCCUUAUGAUCUUUUGGCAAUCUAUCUUACUCUGUCAAAAAUAACAGGGGAAAACGCCGCGUAUAUUUCCUCCCUUCAAGUAACCUUUGACUCCCCGUUAACCUGGCCAGCGUCGGACGUUUUAGAGCUGCCACUCGAAAUAAAAUUUUUCGUCAUGUCGACCCUCAGUCACGUCAAGAAAGUUUUCUCUGCGCUGAAUGAGCAACUGCCAGAGCUGAUCGAGUUCAAAUUAUUCAAAUGGUGCUACCUAAACGUCAUCACGCGGAAUUUUAAUGGAGGUGUUUUGGCAUCAACAACGCCGGCAUGGCUUGAAAUAAACUCCCGAAACCAGAAUGCCACGCUCAUCCCCGGUCUAGACAUGUGCAACCACUGGAAUCCAGCUAAUUGUCAGUACAGACUCAAAGAUGAUAGAUUCCUUCUGACAGCUAAAGACAAGAUUGACCCAAAUAGCGAAAUAUUCAUCUCUUACGGCAACAACAAGGGCGAUCAAGAAUUACUGUCGACAUAUGGGCAGGGUUAG